CUCUGCCACCAUGGCCAUUGAGAUCGAUCCUCUGCCAUUGCCAGAUUCUGUAGACCCUAAGAGGUUCAGCCCUGACUUUGGAAGGGAAGUCAAGGGUGUUAAUCCUGGUCAACUCACGGACCAGCAGUUUAAGGAGAUCUCGGACCUCUUGUACAAGCACGGUGCUUUACUCUUCCGCGAUGUAGACCUUACUCCAGAGCAACAGUAUGCUCUGACAAAGGCAUUCGACCCUACUUGCGAGAGCUACGGUCACGGCAACAACAAAACCGGCUCCGAGAAGAAAUCGAUUCUCCACCCGGAUCUUAAAACAAUCCCUCGCGUGCCACAGGUGCAGCUCAUCGGGAAUGGCACAGUGUAUAAUCACGAGGGCCUCGCUGAGGCAAUGCUAAAACACCCUUCACACACCACAUUUCACAAAUCCCGCGUCUCGCCCGAUGAUGAGAAGAAAGGCUAUACACGAUUUUACCGUUGGCAUAUCGAUGCGGCGUUGUAUGAUCUGUCUCCUCCAAAAGUGACAACGCUAUACGCAGUCAAGGUCCCUGCAGGCGAUCAACAAACAGUUCGGUAUGACGAUGGAACGGGAGAUGAACUUCCUGUUCCACUUGGUACGACUGCGUUUGUAGAUGGAAAGACGAUAUUUGAUAUCCUUCCUCCCGAAAUGAAGAGCGUUGCUGUACGUGGACGCGUUCGAUAUGCCCCUCAUCCUUACGUGUGGAUGGCUCCUGCGCGAGCAAUUUCGACGGGUCUUGGAGUUGAGACGGAGGGUCGUGAGUUACCUUUAGAUGAACUCCCACCAUGGGAAGAGAGCAAAGUCAAGAUUUUUCCGAUGCUGUGGAAGAACCCAGUUACCAGGAACCUACAUUUCGAAGUCCACCCAUGUGGUGCGCACGAGAUACUAAUUGAUCCAUUGCCUGAAGGUGCAAAGAGGGAAGGAGCCUUAUAUCCAAAUGGUGCACACUUGAAAGACUUGAAGGACGUGCGUGACCUUCUUUACAGGAUGCAGCGACCUGCAAUUACACCUUCACUCGUCUACCCGCAUGACUGGCAACCAAAUGACCUUGUACUGUUCCACAAUCGAGGUCUCCUCCAUACCGUCGUUGGUGCUUUUACGGAUGACCAAGUUCGAGCUUUCCAUCAGUGCAAUCUAGCCGCAUCGGACGACCCGACGGGGCCUAACGAAGAAGACGUUAAAUUUUGGGCGUGAUGUUGCUCUCAAGCAUCUAUCAGCUUGCCACUGUAUUGUUGUUUGUCUCAAGAUGUUUUGUAUUUGCAUUUGUACGAUUUGUAAGGAUGAUGGGAUGAAGACAGAGUAUUCGGGACUGUAGCAUGUUCAAUAUUUGUACUAAAAUUCAAUCAAUGUAAUAUAUUCGAAUU